AAGGAAAAGAUGGGGAAAAAUAAAAAUAAAAAGUAAAUAGAAAAGAAAGAAUAGCUUCUCAGAAAAGAAAGAAUAGCCUCUCUCGCUACCUCCUACUUCACAGUAUUUAUACGCCUCUCACCCUUUCGCCGCCGGCGAUGCCUACGCCGGUUAGCGUGGCCCGGCAAUGCCUCACGGAAGAGGCCGCCCGUGCCCUCGACGACGCCGUGGCUGUUGCCCGACGCAGGAACCAUGCCCAGACCAACUCUCUACACGCUAUCUCCGCCCUGCUUUCCCUACCCUCCUCUCCGCUCAGGGAGGCCUGCACGCGGGCACGGAGCAGCGCCUACUCCCCCCGCCUUCAGUUCAAGGCGCUCGAGCUCAGCGUCGGGGUCUCCCUGGACCGCCUCCCCUGCUCCAAGAACCUGGACGAGCCUCCCGUGUCCAACUCCCUCAUGGCCGCGAUCAAGCGCUCGCAGGCCAACCAGAAAAGGAGCCCUGACAGCUUCCACUUGCAUCAGAUUCACAGCUCGCAGCAGACAACAGCGUCGGCCGUCAAGGUCGAGCUCAAGCACUUUCUCCUCUCGAUUCUCGACGACCCGAUCGUCAGUAGGGUCUUUGGUGAGGCGGGGUUCAGGAGCUACGACAUAAAGCUGGCGAUUGUGCACCCGCCCGCCCCACAGGCUUCCCGCCUCUUCAAAUCGAGCUGUCCACCACCUGUCUUCCUCUGCAAUCUGAUGGACAGCGAGCAGGGACGGUGGGGCUCUGGCUUUCCCUUUGCGGGCAGUGAGGACGGAGACGAUAACUGCAGGAGAAUCGGGGAAGUUCUCGCUAGAAAGUCCGGCAGGAACCCACUUAUCAUCGGGGUGUGCUCGAAGGGCGCUGUCGAGAGAUUUCUGGACGGCGUCAACAGUGGGAAACAGGGCAUUUUGCCCGCCGGACUCGUCCGAUUGAGCUCGAUCCCCAUCGAGUCGGAGAUCUCUGAGUUUGUUAGCGGCGAGGGAGGGAAGGGCAUGGCUGAGGCGAAGAUGGCCCAGAAGUUCAACGAGGUGGGUGAUGCACUGGACCGCUGCUCGGGUUCUGGAGUGAUAGUCUACUUUGGUCAACUGACAGCGUUGAUCCACGAUGACAGCUCUUCGCCGCCGCCGCCGCUGCAGCAGGAGCAGGAGGCUGCGGCGGGUUAUGUUGUUUCUGAGCUGACGGAGUUGUUGAAAGCUCAUCGGCAGAAAUUGUGGCUAAUUGGCACAGCCGAUGACUAUGAAACGUUUCUCAAGUUUGUGAGUCGGUUUCCAGCUGCGGAGAAAGAUUGGGGCUUGCAUCUGCUUCCCAUCACGUAUCGAUCGUCAGCUUCCAUGCAAGGAUUUUCCCCCACCAAAACCAGCUUGAUGGGUUCCUUCGUUCCAUUUGGUGGGUUCUUUCCCACGCCCUCUGAUUUUGCAAAUCCUGUGAGCAGCCCCUGCUCUGCUUCUCGAUGUGACCUCUGCAAUAAAAAGUGUGCAGAAGAAGUUGCUGCUCUUAUGCGGGCUGGAUCAUCUACAUCAGUCUAUGAUCAGUACUCAACUAACUUUCCUUGCUCGCUACAAAUAGCUGAAGCUGAUGCAAACAAACGAAUGAAUGUUUUGAUGACAAAAGAUGAUAGAACAACUUUGAAUGCCAAAAUUCUAGAACUGCAAAAGAAAUGGAAUAAUGUCUGUCACCGUCUUCAUAAACCUCAAUCUGUACAACAACCGGGAAAUCAGCAAGCUCGGUCACAGGUUGUGGCAUCAGAUAGCUUUCGGUUGGUUGCAGAUGAGAGGGAAAGGAGCAGCAGUGGUUCAUUUUUACCAGAGAAUAGGUGUCUACAGCUCGGUGCUUCUACUGCUAAUGACCUGCAUAUGAUUUCUCUCAUGGAGCAAGACGGGGGAUCCCAACUGGCUUCUCAAGUUGAGCAUCCGUAUAUGCAGAAAGCUUGUAACACCCAGCACAGUGGAAUUCAGAGUCCCUGGAGUUCCCAGAAGUUGUCGACUGAUUAUAGGUUGCCAGCUGAUCUUGCAUCGCCUCCAUCAACACCUUCUGUGACCACAGACUUGGGAUUGGGAAUGAUAAAUAUGUCAUCAGGUGGGACCCUGGAGAACAGGAGGCUGCAGGGUAACAUGGGGUGUCCACAGCAGCUGUUAGGUUCCAAUUCUUCUUCAGAGUUAGGUGCUCGAUUGAAGACAUCACUUGAGGUUGCUCAACAGUCUUCAUUGUCCCGCUAUAAUCAUCUUGAAAUGCAGCCCAAUCCACAUGACUUCAAGACACUUUUGACCGCUCUUCAGAAGAAGGUUGGGUGGCAGGAUGAAGCUUUAUGCAUCAUCGGUGAAGUUGUGUCCCGCUAUAGAAGUGGAAGUUUUCGAGGAUCAAGGUUUGGAAGGGAUCUUUGGCUUAUUUUUCUGGGACCUGACAGGGUGGGAAAGAGGAGAAUUGCAUCUGCUCUGGCCGAGAUAAUCUUUAAUGAUAGGAAACGGCUGAUUUAUGCAGACUUGAGAUCACAGGAAGGGAUUAGCCCAACAUACUCGACUUUCGAACUCCAGGAAUUUCAAGCUUGUGAAAUGAAGCUCAGGGGGAGAACCAUCAUUGAUUUUAUUGCUGAUGAGUUGAGACAGAAGCCCCAUUCAGUAGUUUAUCUCGAAAACAUAGAUAGAGCUGAUGUGCUCGUGCAAAACAGUUUAUCCCAGGCCAUUAGGACCGGCAAAUUAAAGGACACAUACGGGAGAGAAAUCAGCACAAGCAACACGAUCUUCGUGGCCACAUCAACCGUGACUGUAGAUAAAGAGGUUUUCGCAUCGGACAUGAAACCCGGCAACUAUUCUGAAGAAAGGGUACUCAGAGCCAGUAGAUGGCAGAUGCAAAUCUCAGUUGAAUGUGCUACUGAAAGUGCAAGUGCAAGAAGAAGUGGGGGCCUGGCUGUGGUGGUGACAUCAGAGAAGGCAGCAUCUGCGAUCAAGAGGAAGCGUAGAGACAUAAGUGACUCUUGUGAGCAGGACAGGGCCAUGGGGAUAUGGAAGCAGGGUGACAAGAUGCAGAAGUCGUUUCUGGAUUUGAACUUACCUGUGGAGGAUGUGGAAGAGGACCUGGAGGAUGGAGACUCUGAGGCUGGCCCAGAUGCUGAGGAGUCGGAGGUGUGGCUGAGAGAUUUCCUUGAGCAAGUGGACGAGAAGGUGGUUUUCAAACCGUACAACUUCAAUGAAGCUGCAGAGAGAGUUUUAGAGGAGAUGAAAUUGAACAUGCAGUCGGCAGUAGGGCCGGAGGUGUUGAUGGAAAUUGAUGAUGAGGUGAUAGUGCAGAUAGUUGCUGCUGGUUGGCUAUGCGGGGAGGAGGAAGCGAUCAAGGAGUGGAUCAGAGGGGUUUUGAGGGGGGGAUGUGUGGAAGCUUGCCGGAGGUACAAACUCGCGGCUCAUUCUAUAUUGAAGCUGACGGCAUGUGAGGGUGUUGUAGCUGAAAAGCAGGCACCUGGAGUGUGCCUUCCUGCUAGCAUCAAGGUGAAGUAAGUGCGUUGGUCACUAUAGCCACAGACGUCCUAUUUUUAUCUAUGUUUGUAUGUGUAUUUUCUAAUAUAAGUAGGAGAGGAGAACAUUAUAAUGGCCUUUGCCAAAUAUCGUUUUGCUUCUUUUUUUUUUUUUUGGUGUCCCCUCUUAAUAAUUCUUUGUGGUGGCUGGGCUGGUGGGGGAUUAAAAAUUUAUCAGGGGUUUGAAUUACUCAUCUGGUGAUGUGUGAUUGAUUAAUUCAUGGUAGGUUGGGGCGGGGCAGGGAUUUGACAUUAUUCAUAGAUGGGAGACGGAGCCACAGGGAGUAUGGAGCCACCCCUCUUUAAAUUAAGACUGCGUACUGAUACAUCAUGUCCCAGUUCACUCUAAUUUGUAAGUGAAAUAGAGGAGAGAUAUAUGUAUAUGUUUGUAUAAUAAACAUGAUUGUUAGUGAAGAAGAUGGAGAGGGGAAUGUAUAUUUACGUUCGUGGGUCAGCA